AUGGAGGCCUCGGAGUCGACCUGGCCGGAGCUGAUCGAUGCUGGACGCCUGGACGCGGACUGGGAACACUUCGAGUUCCCCGUGGGCUCGUUACAAGCGCCCCGGGGCCAUCGAAAAGGGCGGGAAGCAAAGGCCUUCCUCAUGUGCAAAGUAGCCUUGGGCCGCGCUUCGGUGGUGAAAGAUGGCCCUCCAAAAUUUCCCGAGUUUUUCUCCUCCUGUUUGGUGCGAGACCAAGCCUCUACUCUGGCAGCCUCACGUGGAGCAGAUGUAGACCCUGUGGCUGAUUGGCAACAGGUCUACCGUGUUCGAAGUGGAUGCUGGGACAAAACACCUCGGGGCGGCAGGUGGAUCAUGCGACAGGUGGUUGAUAUGUAG